AGCCGCGUACUAGUGUCAUCUACGUGUUUUAGCAUCUUUCGCCGCGUCCAACAUGUUCCAGGUCGCCUCCCGCCCCGUCCCCGAGCUCUCGCUCCCCAUGUCCCACUCGUACGGGCACCCGAACGCGCCCCAGAACCUCCAGCUUCCGCGGACGCUGUCGCGCCCUGCCUUCACCGAGGUCUCCCGCAGCGCCAUCGCUACACUCGAGCCAGAGCUCGCAAAUGUUCCCAUCGAGUUUGUUAGAAAACACCUGGCUGGCCAGGCUAAUGAGAUGCUCUCUGCGCUCUCCCUCCUGACCUACCCGACCUCUCUCCCCAAGGCGCAUCUGCCACCCACACUUGACGUGCCGGUCCGCCCGACGGCCUCGUCCCCGCCGCGCGCCUUCCCGACGCACAUGCUCGCCGUCUCUUCUUCGCGGGGAUCCCCCUCCCAGCCGAACACGCCCACCGCUGCGUCCUUCCUCGCGUCCAACUCGCCCACCAGCACCGUCCCUCUCUUCCCCGCGCACGCGCUCGUCCUCGCCGCGUACUGUCCCCUGCUGCCGCAGCUCCCGCGGUCCACGGGCCAGCGCGGCAACGCGGCCGUGAGCCUCCCGCUCGUCCCCCUCGCGGUGCCCAGCGCGGAGACGUUCCACCUGCUCCACGCGUACCUGCACACCCGCCGGCCGGACACGCUGCUCGCCGCGCUCCUGCCCUCCCUCGCGUCGUCCCUCCCGCCCGCGCACGGCGCCUCCUCGUCCUCCUCGCACCAGCGCGCGUACGUGAGCAACUUCUCGAACGAGAGCCUCCUCCGUCUGGCUCACGCGCUCGCGAGCGGUGCUGCGGCGCACGCCGGGCCCCAGGGUGCGCUCGGCGGGCUCAUGGCGCACGUGAAGGUCAUCAACGGCCUGUGGAGGAACGUGUGCGCACUCGGGGUCAGCGACGCGGAGCUGUGGGGCGUCAUGGACGUCGCCUGGGAGGUCGUCCUCGCUGCGCUGACCAGGGUGGCCGAGCGCGAGCGCGCGUAGACAUCCAGUCGAGCGGGCCUCGUCUAAAACUCUUGUCUCCCCUAGUGUCCACUUGCAUUUGGGUUCCAAUUCCGUAAACCGUUCCCGCAUUGUCAUCACCUCACGGACUGUUUACACCUCGUCGCUAAUCUUCACCGCCCCUCCAGAACUUCAUAUCCGUACAGCACCGUCUUCGCGCACUCGUCUCUGAGUAUACCCCCGUGUAUUGCCCACCCACUAUUGUAUCCUUACUGUCUUCCCGUCGUCUUGGCUCUGCUGUUGUCU